AUUAAAACACGGCUUUUGUUUAUUGUAGAGGCCUGUGCAACCCUAAAUUACUCGUAAUAUCUAUAUAAACCGUUUUGAAACGCCAGCAAUCCGUCUGUGAAUUCGCUCCAUUCCAUGUUUGAAAUCCGAUUCGUGUUUUGUUUCUAAUCCUGGGUUCUUGCUGGAUGAUCCGUGUCCCUCUUGAGUGUGAAGUGAGGAGAGAGGUGGAGGGGGAAAAGGAUAUGGGACGGUGGCUACGUUUCCUCGCGUUCUCAGGCUAACUGUGUGUGAGUGAGGGAUUGGGGAAGCUUGGUUUUGGCUAUACAUUCCCACAUUUCAAUCACAAUCGGACACUGGGGUUGAAAACAAAACCACUAAAUCAAUGUUCCUAAGGCAAGCUGGCUUCGCUGCGGGAGAUGCGCGCGAACACAAUGGGAGACAACACACUCACUUGGCUUGGAGGAAUACAGCGAUGUAAUAAUAUUACUCUACAAUAAUGGGAAUACUGUCGUGGUGGAUCUUGAAGCAACACACCCGGACACUCUGCUGCCUGAACCAGUAAUAUUAGUUUUGUUUGCUGUGAAAACAAAUGACUCUGUAAGCGACUGCAGUCUCGUAAAGAACCGUGGGCAUUUUUUUGCACAAGCGAUGCAUUUGAGAGGGAGAGAAGCCGGACAUGCCCUAAAUGAAGACGCGGUGCUUGUUUAGUUGCUACAUUACAUUUGUUGCCAGUUUAUAAAUCCACCGGGAUGUGAAAGGAAUUCAUUUCCUGCGUCGAAUUCUCAUGCCCUUUUGCACAUCUGGAUAAGUAAAUUGUUUUGAUAUUUAAUAUUAAUGUAGUAGUGUAACUAAUUUAAUAUAGUACGCGUUUAAUUAUAGUAUUAUUACAAAUAGCCUACUAUUACUUCCUUAUUACUAGACGACAUCAAAGGACCUGUGUCUGUAAGUAAUUUUUCAAUUCAAAGUAACGUCUGUACCACUCGUGGAGCCUAUUCAGUAGCUCCCAAUUCAGUUCGUGUCCCUAGAGAAUGUACCUUCUUGACGGUAAUAUAGAAAGGAUGGAGCGAGGAACGCCACAAAGGAAAACAGUGUACCGGAUCUCUCUCACCUUGGUAAAGAAAGAGAGCUUGGAGGAGGAGGAUGGGGUUAGCUGCGGGAGCUCUGGACCACGACGUCUCGAGAACCCCAACGUGGGCGCUUACCGUCGCGAGGUCUCCUCGGAGCUCCAGAGAAGUUGUCUGCUGGAGGAGCUGAAAGAAGUUGAGGAUGAAAGCGACGAGUUCCACUCACACAACUACAUGAGAAAUUUCAGGACAUUCAGCACCGGACAAUUAGAACUUGGAAGGCUUAAAAUGAAAAAGGCGCAUCAGUUGCAUAAAGAGUUGAAGGAAACUAGCCCCUCCACAGAGCCUGGUAACAACAGCCAGGCCUCAGAGGAGACCAUGUCACCGCAGAGUCAGAAGAAAUCACAUGGGAUAAGCUGGACACAGGAAAGCACUGAAACUGACUCGAGGCUUAAGGGGGAUAUUUGCACAGAGAAUGAAAAAACCUUGACAACAUCUGCUUCCAACGGUGAGAAUGGAAGUGUUGAUAAGAAGAAAAGACUCCUGAAAGCCAAGAGCACAGAGGACAAGGGCAGUGAUGCUCCAACUAAUGGUGACGGGGGUAAGGACAGGUUGUGUGCGUCCAAAAGUAACGGAAGAGCCGUCAAGGCCUCUCCCGAGACGCCGCCACUGAAGAGCCACCCCAGCCUGCUUCGCCGGAGCUUCAGUUUCCGCCACUGGACGGGUGGCGAACUGCUCCGCAUCCGGGCCCUCUCCAAAGACCAGCACCACAGCAGCUCUGGGUGUGUCGGCCGCGGGGAAGGAACAGCCGGGGACGACAACCAGACCCCCCAGUCCACAGUCCUCCAGAACCCGGCUUACGAUGAGACGGGACCGCCUAAACGAAACACGUUAGAAGUCGGGGCUGUCCUCAACAAGACUGACUCAAUGACGGAGCUGAGCCGCUGGGAACGAGCGAGAGGCAAAAACCGCACAUUGGACAACAGCGAUCUGAUCACUCUUUCCAUGAAGAGUGUGUCAGAGAAGGAGGGGUUUCUGAGAGGCACCGGCUCCCGCUCCAGUGGCUCGGACCGGCGGCUGGUCAGGUUCUUCAGCGGUAUCUUCUCCAGGAAGGAUGGAGGGAUGGUGUCUACCUCCACUCCGGUGGGCAGCCCCAGCACUAACCGCUCCCUCAGGAAGGGGAAGAGGAGCGGCCCCAUGGCCUACUCCCAGUCCAGCACAGAGAGUGUUAACGGAGGAGGAGGCCUGUCGUCAGAGGACGCCUUUGUGAACAGCCAGGAGUGGACUCUGAGCCGAUCGGUACCAGAACUCAAAGUGGGCAUUGUGGGUAACCUGGCCAGUGGGAAGUCUGCGCUGGUUCACAGGUACCUGACAGGAACAUACGUCCAGGAGGAAUCUCCAGAAGGGGGCCGUUUUAAGAAGGAGAUAGUGGUGGACGGACAGAGCAACCUACUGCUCAUCAGAGAUGAAGGGGGCCCCCCAGAGGCUCAGUUUGCCCUGUGGGUGGAUGCAGUGAUAUUUGUGUUCAGUCUGGAGGAUGAGAUCAGUUUCCAGACAGUCUACCAUUACUACAGCCGCAUGGCUAACUACCGAAACACUGCUGAGGUACCUCUGGUGUUGGUGGGGACGCAAGAUGCUAUCAGCUCAGCCAAUCCCCGGGUCAUCGAUGACACGCGAGCACGCAAGCUGUCCAAUGACCUGAAGCGCUGCACCUACUAUGAGACGUGUGCCACCUACGGCCUCAAUGUGGAACGGGUCUUCCAGGACGUGGCCCAGAAGAUCGUGGCGACCAGGAAGAAGCAGCAGCUGUCCAUUGGUCCGUGCAAGUCCCUCCCCAACUCCCCUAGCCACUCCUCUGUGUGUUCUGCACAGGUGGCAGCAGCAGUACACAUCAGCCAGCAGACCAGUAAUGGCGGCAGCCUGAGUGACUACUCCUCGUCAGUCCCCUCCACCCCCAGCACCAGUCAGAAGGAGCUACGCAUCGACGUCCCCCAGACCACCAACACCCCCACGCCCGUCCGCAAGCAGUCCAAACGCCGCUCCAACCUCUUCACUUCUCGGAAGGCCAGCGAGCCAGACAGGGACAAGAAAGGACUGGAGGGCCGAGCAGACAGCAUUGGAAGCGGCCGUGCUAUUCCAAUUAAGCAGGGCAUGCUUCUGAAGAGGAGUGGCAAGACCCUAAACAAGGAGUGGAAAAAGAAGUAUGUGACGUUGUGUGACAAUGGCCUGCUCACAUAUCACCCCAGCCUGCACGACUACAUGCAGAACGUCCAUGGGAAGGAGAUAGAUCUGUUGAGGACCACAGUGAAGGUCCCAGGGAAGAGGCCUCCCCGAGCGGUUUCUACCUGUGUCGCUGUCCCCAGCCCGAAGACAAACGGCCUGGCCAAGGACAUGAGCAGUCUGCAGCUGGGACCUGGUGGCCCUGGCUCUGUCACCAGUAGUUUGUCAGCCUCUCAGAUGGCCAGUGGGAUCAGCUUGGUGUCCUUUAACAGUCGUGGGGACGGCAUGCACCAGAGAUCCUACUCAGUCUCCUCCGCCGACCAAUGGAGCGAGGCCACCGUCAUCGCCAACUCAGGAGUCAGCACAGACACGGGUCUGGGAGAGUCUGUGUGCUCCAGCCCCUCCAUCUCCAACACCACCAGCCCUAAGAUGGACCCGCCCCCCUCGCCGCACGCCAACCGCAAGAAGCACCGCCGGAAGAAGAGCACCAGCAACUUCAAAGCCGACGGCCUCUCUGGUACUGGGGAAGAACAAGAGGAGAACUUUGAGUUGACCAUUGUAUCAUUGACGGGCCAGACGUGGCACUUUGAGGCCACCUCGUACGAGGAGAGAGACGCCUGGGUCCAGGCUAUCGAGAGCCAAAUCCUAGCCAGCCUGCAGUCCUGUGAGAGCAGCAAGGCCAAGUCACGUCUGACCAGCCAGUCUGAGGCCAUGGCCUUACAGAAUGUGAGGAGCCUAAGAGGGAACUCUCGCUGUGUGGACUGUGAGGCCCAGAACCCCGACUGGGCCAGUCUCAACCUGGGAGCGUUGAUCUGUAUCGAGUGUUCAGGGAUCCACAGGAACCUGGGGACCCACCUAUCUCGUGUUCGGUCCCUGGACCUGGAUGAGUGGCCCCUGGAGCUCCUCAAGGUCAUGACCUCUAUAGGCAACGAGCUGGCCAAUGACGUGUGGGAGGGCAACGCACAGGGACACCUCAAACCAGCACCCGAUGCCACCAGGGAGGAGCGUGAGCGUUGGAUCCGGGCUAAGUACGAGCAGCGGUUGUUCCUGGCAUCGCUCUCGGGGGUGGACCUAUCCCUGGGCCAGCAGCUGCUGAGGGCCACGGCCGAGGAGGACCUGCGCUGCGUCAUCCUGCUUCUGGCUCACGGCUCCCGGGAGCAAGUCAACGAGACGUGUGGAGAGGGAGACGGACGCACCGCCCUUCACCUGGCGUGCCGCAAGGGCAACGUGGUCAUCACACAGCUCCUCAUCUGGUACGGGGUGGAUCUGAUGGCGAGGGACGCCCACGGUAACAGUGCGCUGGCGUACGCACGGCAGGCCAGCAGCCAGGAGUGUGUUGACACGCUGCUGCAGUACGGCUGUCCCGAUGAACGCUACCCACUUAUGGCCACGCCCAACCUGUCCCGACGCAACACCAACCGCAACAACAGUUGCAGCAGCACGGGCAGCACCGCACUCAUAUAAACACUACCGCCCCCUUCAGGAGGCCUCUGGGUACUGCGGCUCGCAGGAUAUUAACAGGCUAAACACACAUUGUGACAUUAUAUGCAUAUUACACACUCAAAAUCCUGACUGAAAAAAAAACUGUGACAUUUUUGGAAGUGAGGGGCUUGGAGAGAGUCUGAAUUGGGAGAAAAUGACUGAACUCUUUUGGGAACCACUACUUCUGCACUCCUAGUCUUAGAGCCCUCGUUGACUUCUUACCCUCUCCACUCUGACACUAAUCUCACACAGAAGACACUAGCACUCCUGUUGCCGUUGAUGAAGCCCUCUGUCCUUUUGGCUCUCUGCCCCACAUCAUGAUGACCCCCCCCCCCGCGCUUCGGUCCAAUUGUCAAUUUCCUCACAAGGCCCUCCCCUGUAAAAGCAUGGGGGCAGGAGGUGGCUUGGCAUUACUUCCGGGUGGAGUCAGGUCACCGGCUUCCCCCACUGCUAUCUACCUGGCUGCAUGUGGCCCUAAGCAUGAUGGGACAUGGGGAGGAGGCGGCCAAAAUCACGUGAAAAGCAGCGAAUCCCCCUUCUCAUAUACCCUCUAUUGACUCCCCCUUCUCAUAUACCCUCUAUUGACUCCGAUCUGCAAUCUGCUCCCAGCUUCAACCCAGGCCACACACACACACUAUAUCACUACUAUGUCACUGCUUUCUCCGCUGUACAGAAACAGAGGGCUGCGGGUUUGGAAAGACGUUGGAUGUUUGAAGAAGGCCUCUGUAGCAUGUUGGGGAAGGGGGGGUUGCUUUUCACGUAAGUUAUGGGAGCUCUACCUUAUAACAUGAGAACUACAAAGAACACUGAUCAACUGAACAGAGCUCCUCUUUUACUCUGGUUCUUCUUUAGUUCUCCACAUUAUCAGUGUUUCCCCUCUCUUCUCUUGAGUAAAUUAUGUGAUCUCUCUCUCCUGUGGAUGUUUAUUUUUUAUUUUUUAAUGUGGAACAAAAAUAUCUUCUUGUAUAAACAGUUUAAGAAAGUGAGAGAAAAAAAUCCUAAAUAUCCGAUAUUCCUUGGAAGUAAAACAGAAAGUGUGAGAGCAUGUCAGACACUUUCUCUUUUCAAUUAAAAAAAAAGGUUGUUCAUCACGUCCACAUUGUGUAUAUCUCAUUGUGAAUUGCUGGACCAAUGAAUCAGUUCUACAGAGAAGUGAGUUUGUCAUAUCUAUUAGAAGCCACUUGCCAGGUGUAAAAAGUGUGUAUGUAUUUCCAGGCUCAGGGACCAGAGACGGUCAAUUCUAUGUGAUCUUGAAACCCCCACAAUUCCACUCGCCUCAACAACAGUCUUAGAUGUACAUUUCAUCCGUUCAGAGGAACAGUCCACCUCCAGAAUGUAUAGGAAGCAUCAUGAGGCUCAGUAUCAGACCAUCAGCCUUCUUCAGGAUCGUGGUACGGUUGGUCCACCACACAGAGACCAGGGGAAAGGCUUUUCUGUUUAGUGUUUUAUCCUUCCUUUUCUUUACUUUUAUCAGGUCAUCAAAUACACUGUAUCUGCUGUUUCAGCUGGAAACGCAUCGUGAUAAUGUCUUGUUGCAUAGUGAUCGGCAGAGGAUGGGAGGAAAUGGAUAGGCAGGACUCUGUCAUGUUCCUGUUGAUUACUUAGGUGUGGUGCAGGUAUCAGUUGUCAGGUCCAUACUCCCGUUCACUAACACUGAUCUACAACUGAUCCAGGAACAGCAUCCACGGUGUAAAUGUAGCACUAUUUAUACUAGAUGGGCUCAUCAGUGUUCAAUCUAUUUCAUUUAAUCUAAGAAGACGUUUGUCUGACAGUUCAAUCCAUGAUGGGCUGUCAGCUUUUGUAGAAUAUCUACGAUCUGAUGGAUACUGUUUCUUCAUAGAGUUAGACUGUUCUGAUUCGGAGAAGAGUUCCUCAUUUGUGCCCCUCUGAGUUCUCCCCUUGUCAAGUUGACUGACAUCGUAUAUGACGUCAUAGGUCAGGAUAGACUCUGGGCCGCCUCCCAUCAGGUCUUCUGAGGUACUCGGCAUGCGUUUCCUCCAUCCUCUGUCUGUCAUUGGAUAGCCAUGUCUGUUGCUCCCCAACCAAUCAUACAGUCUCUGCCUCUUGAAUCUCUCGGCCUGCGUCCCAAAUGGCACCCUAUUCCCUUGAACAGUGCACAACUUUUGACCCACGCCCAUAGGAUUCUGGUUAAAAGAAGUUCACUAUGUAGGGAAUCGGCAGCCAUUUGGGAUGCAUCCUUUCUGCUCAGUGACUGGAUAGGAAGGGCUUCUCUGCGUCUGGAAUCCUACUGUGUGUAAAUAAUAUUUUACUUCUCUCCCUCUAUCGCUUUCUCUCUUUGAAAAGCUCUUUUGGUGGUGAUGUCAUGAUGUAUCUGAAGGAAGUAGGAAGUUCUUUACUCUGAGAGCGUCGUGUUCUCUGCGGUUUGAGCGGAGGUUUGCCGAUGCCCAUGUGAUGUUUUUAUUGGGAGAAAUAAGCCAGUAAUGGGUUGACUGAACGUUACUGGAAUGUUUAGCAUCAGGGGCUUUCCUUUCCUCCUGUCCCUCUUCGUGUUGCCAACGUCUCUGCUCUGCACAAGUCCCUCUGCCUUUGCCUGUUCUUAAACCUUACUCUGUGUGUGUCCUCGUGUGUGAUAUGAGUCUUUCUCCCCCCAAACCAUUCCUCAGCGUCAAAUGCUCCCGUAUUUAUGAUUGCUUUUGCCCUUGAUGUUACCUCGUGUGUGUGUGUGUGUGUGUGUGUGUGUGUGUAUAAACGCCUAAUAUAAGUAGUGACUCCUGCCUCACCUGUACAGGUAUUAAAGCAAUAUGGAGGACAGGUAUAGAUGUCCACGCUAACGGUGGUGUUUCUGUCCAACACACACCUUGCAAUACCUGCGUAUGCUGUAGACAAGCCCAUACAUCACACACACGCUUCUCUGUGUCCGAUAGAAAUGUGAAAAGAGCUCAACAUGUUGAGUGUGAUUAACAUGAGAAGUGCUGAGGCAUCAGGCUUUGUCCACAGGCAGCCACGAACACUAAAGUGCACCUGACCAAACCUUUAUUGAACCUUAUUGAACCUUAUUGUUGCAGUAGCAGAAAUAGCAGCGUUAAACCUCUCCCUCGUCACUAGAGGGAUUUCUCCCCCUUAAUAACACUUGUAAGUGAGGUUUUGACUGAGGAGACCAAGUCGUUCUAUUUCUGACAAAACGAUGCACUACGUAUCCAGUUUGAUGGUCUCUCGUCAGUCCUCUCCUCUCAAGGUCUUUCCUGUAGAACACUUUUGCAUGGAUGGAUGUUUGUGUAGAUCCCUGGUCUCUUCCCUCAUAUUGUCUGCUGGCCUGAAACUGUUCCUAUCUCAGCCACUGGCUCUCACACUAGUGGGAGAUAUGAAGAGGUUAGACAUCGUAUUGGACACAAUCCUCAUUGGUGGUCAAGCUGCUCUCCCUUCCCCCUCUGAAGUAGCCAGUGGAAGUCAUGAUUAGCCAAUAGUGUGAGCUGUCCUCCCUUCCCCCUCUGAAGUAGCCAGUGGAAGUCAUGAUUAGCCAAUAGUGUGAGCUGUCCUCCCUUCCCCCUCUGAAGUAGCCAGUGGAAGUCAUGGUUAGCCAAUAGUGUGAGCUGUCCUCCCUUCCCCCUCUGAAGUAGCCAGUGGAAGUCAUGAUUAGCCAAUAGUGUGAGCUGUCCUCCCUUAUAGGUGGGUUCAGGAAGCAUCAAAAAGCUAGCCUGGAAUCCAGAAGAUUUGUUUCAAUGGUGAAACAAACGGAGCAUAUCAGUUUGGUUUCCAGGCUGUCUAGAAUCUCCUCUUUAGACGUGAGACGUUGAGACAUGUAUCAGUGUCCCUGCCAGGGAGAAGAGCACUAUGGGGGACACACUCACCAUGUCAAUCAGUCUGGUGUUACUUACGUACCAUUAAACCAGCCACAGCUCUCCCUUCUAUACAUGCCAGUCGACACAUCAGCACAGCGUUCACCACAUGUACAUAGAUGUAAUCAACAAACCCUAAUAAACAAACUAUGGUCAUUUGUUUUUGUUUAUUUGGUUCCCGUGUGUAUUUGGUGACCUCUUUGUCGUUGCUCAUUCAUCCUGUAUGUAGCUACACAACCCAACCCGAGACGACUGCCAGUCAAAUGAUUUAAUAUGGUUCUAAUGCUAUCUAGAUAUGGAAGAAGACCUCUCUCCUCCCAACUGCUUGGGUUUGGUUCAGUUAUCAGUCUAGUCCAUCCACCUCUAUUGUGACCUAUCAGCAUCAAGCAGCGUUAUUAUUCCAAUUGUCAUUGAUCUCCUAAUUAUUAUUGUUAUUAUUGUUCUAUUGAGUGUGUCAUCUGUACAGUACCGUGUUGAUACCUAAUAGUCUUCUACUGUAAUGUGUCUCUUUUCAAUAAAGACAAAAUAUGCUUCUUAA